CGCUAUAUUUUGAGCUUCCGACUUUCCACCCGUACAGUCGCACACCGUCGUUCUGUGCUGUGAGGAUGAUAUCGAGAAUCUGCUUCGUACUUCUGCUGGCGCUUCCUGCCAGUUUCGCCAAGGUCAAGUGUCCGAAUAUUAUCAGCAGAAGCCAAUGGACCAACGUCCCAGCUGGGGAUGUCAAUUAUUUAAUAGUACCGAUACCUUAUGUGAUAAUACAUCAUACAGUCACCGCCGAGUGUAGCUCGCGCGACACAUGCACAGAUCGUGUUAACAACAUUCGCGGUUACCAUAUGGACGAACUGGGCUGGGACGACAUCGGUUACUCGUUCCUGAUUGGCGGAGAUGGAAAUGUAUACGAAGGAUGCGGAUGGACCCGCGAAGGGGCACAUACGUACGGAUACAAUAAAAAAUCUCUCGGUAUAGCUUUCAUUGGAAAUUUUCAGAACAAAGAUGCUAGCCAGAGAAUGUUAGACACCGCACACCAAUUAAUCAACUGCGGGAAAUCCCAAGGCAUUCUUCGAAGCAACGUACGCGUACUCGGUGGACGACAGGUAAUUCAAACAGCCAGUCCUGGAAGUGACCUCUACGUACAGAUUCAAGAUUGGCCCGAAUGGAGUAGCGAGCCUUAGACGAGCGUUUCGGAAAUGAGUGCUCUCGACAAUCAAAAUACUUGUGUUUCAUAAAGAGCAGGGUUAAAUUUACCUUGUUUGUAAGUCGCGACGUAGAGUCACGACUAUUGUUUGUUUCCGUAUCAGCUUGAGCCUUCUUUAACAAGAUUUCUGGGAAAACUUCCUGUGCUGAUUACUGUCUGCAUAAAUCCGUAUAUUGCUCGAUAGGAUUAUGUAGAACAAGCUUGAGUACGUCCUGCGGCAUUGUUGCGAUCCAUUGGUAAAAUUAACGAAUAGCAUGACGAAUGUAAGACCGUAAGAAAUAUACGUCAAUGUUCGAGGUAA